AUGACAGGGAAAAGGGAGACGGUCUCAGAUACCGUCCACAAACCCAAAGGCAUCGCUGGGGCUCAACACCUGACGAAUAACGACCAGUCCAAAGCCCACAGCCUCCGCCCCUCCCGGUGCACCGGCUUCGGCAUCCAGGAGCUCCUGGGACUGGACAAGGAGCCUCCGGCGCCCCCGCGGCCGAUUGGGGAUCCCCUCCCGCCCGCGGGGCACCUGCUGACAGCCAGGACGGUGCUGACCCCUGCGGGGGCCGGGGUGGGGGUGGGGGUCGGGCUGGUGGGGGUCGGGGUGGGGGUCCCAGGGUUUUACGGACAGCCCGCAUUUCUGGAUGUGCUGACGGAACACCGCGGGGCACUGACCGGUCAUCUGCACAGAGCCGCUGUCCAGGUGGGGACCACACAGGAGGUCAGCUCAGAUUCCGAAGACAUCUCGUCCAGCGACAGAAAAUUUUCCAAAUCGAAUCUCAGUCAAACGAAAAAGCGAAAGAAAAGACGCCACAGGACUAUUUUCACCUCUUACCAACUGGAGGAAUUGGAAAAAGCGUUUAACGAGGCUCAUUAUCCCGACGUUUACGCGCGAGAAAUGUUGGCGAUGAAAACAGAGUUACCAGAAGACAGGAUCCAGGUGUGGUUUCAGAACCGCAGAGCCAAGUGGAGGAAGCGGGAAAAGUGCUGGGGGCGAAGCAGUGUCAUGGCGGAGUAUGGGCUUUAUGGAGCCAUGGUGCGCCAUUCCAUUCCACUGCCGGAAUCCAUCCUGAAAUCAGCAAAGGACGGAAUUAUGGAAUCCUGUGCUCCCUGGCUUCUCGGAAUGCACAAAAAGUCGCUGGAGGCGUCUGAGGUGGUGAGGAAAGUGGAAGCCGAGCACGGCGGUCAGUCCGGCAAAGAGGAGGGCGAGCGGCAAGACAAGGGCAAAGACCCCGUCAACUCAGCCAUUUCUAAAGAGGAACUGCGGGAGAGCAGUAUAGCGGCUCUCAGGGCCAAAGCCCUGGAGCACAGCGCUAAAGUGUUAGGAACCGUGGCUGGCGAGAGGCAGCCGAAGAAGAACGAAGAACGGCCCGAAGAGACCAAGAGCGAGGAAUCGAAGGCCACUCGAGAGGAGAAACCCACCGAAAAGUAACUGUGUUCCACGAAACCUUUCAGC